AUGAUCCAUUCGGAUGUUUCAGGCGAAAGACCGUACAAAUGUCACUUACCAGAUUGCGGUCGCGCAUUUAUCCAGCUGUCGAACCUCCAGCAACACCUGAGGAACCACGACGCCCAGGUAGAGCGAGCCAAGAACAGACCCUUCCACUGCAGCAUCUGCGGAAAGGGAUUUGCCACCGAGUCAAGCUUGAGGACCCAUACGUCGAAGGUCAGUCAUCAACAUGCGGGACUAAUUGGCGGGCCAAACGCAACAAGCUGUCCAAUCUGUCACAAACUCUUCCUCGGCGGCGAGGCACUCAUGGAACAUAUGAAGAUCACCCACAAGGACCCCAACGCCUCUGGUGUUGCCACGAAACGUCGGACUGCGAACCAUCCUUGCCCAGUAUGCGGGAAGCACUACGUCAACGAGGGGAGCCUGAGAAAGCACCUGGCAUGUCAUCCGGAAACUAGUCAACUAAGUACCAAUUUAAGGAUGUGGCCGUGUUCUGUUUGCCAAGCCGUCUAUACCCAUGAGAGUGGUCUGCUGAGUCACAUGGAGCACAUGAGAAUGGAUCCCAAGCAUCAGUUUGCUGCCCAGUACGUUCUAAGCCGAGCUGCUGCAGAGCGACGUGAAAGAGAGCUUCUAGCCGGUUCUAGUUUAGGAGCAGGUCUCGGUGUGUUGACGAGUCAACCAGGUGGACCACAAAAUUUACAGCAACCACCAAUGUGCCCAUCCCCGUCGGCUCACUCCGAGAGCAGUAGCGGAAACGGAAGACUAUCUUCGGCCGGUAGUGAACCUGGGACCGGGCUACUGAACAACAACAACAACAAUAACAACAACAACAUGGCAUCACCGGGACCAAGUGGAAACAAGCUGAGCGAGAUGCUGAGAGCGGGAAGCCAAUCCACGGCUCAACAGUAUCACGACGAAAUGCAGUCUCAGCAACAACGGAUGGCGGUGAUGGCGGCUGCUGUUCAAGCUGCUGGUCUUCAAAAUUCAGUCUCUCCUAACUUGUCAUCAGUGGACGUGGCGUCCCUAGCAGCUGCCAUGAGAAUGGGCGGAAAUAACAAUGAUAUCAACGCGAACCAGCAAGGACAGACUGGACAACAACAGCAAGGUGUCCAGAAUAACAACUCAGAACAGGCAUUGAGGAUGCAUCAAGCAGAAGCUCUACUUCGAUCACAAGCGGAGGCUGCCCUCAGACUCGCGGUUUCCCAAGCAGCAGCUGCUGCAGCAAGUUCCGCGGUGGGAAGCGAUAUGAGGCACCAUCUAGGGCAGCACAAUGGCGGCGGGGGAGGCUCUGGCAUGCCAGGACACCACACGAACCAGCAGCUGUCCCAGCCAGACAGCCUGUCGCCAGAUCUAGGUAAGUCGCAACAGCAGCAUCAUCAGAUGAUGAUGAGGGGACUUAACGAGGACUUGCAAUCCCAAUCCGCAAACAAGCGCGUCAGAUUAACCGCAAGCCUGAUUCCAUCAUCAGGGGAGGCGCUCCGUCUGCAGGAGCAGCGGUUAGAGCAGGCAUUGAGGCUUCACGGCGAUCCCCGUGCUCUCGGGUUCACGCUCCAGCACGUUGUUAACCAACAGAACAAUCAGCAGCCAUGA